AUGGACGUGUUUGAACAAGAUAAGGCACCAAAGGUUGAGAAUAAGAGAUUGCAAACCAACAAGAAAGCGCUAUUCUUCCAAAAGAUUUUGGUCAAUUCACUGCUGAGAUAUCGUCAAGCCGCAAAAUUUACAUCCAAAAACCAUGUCAGCUCAAAUGAACAAACUGUGACAAUACUUGAUCUCCCACCUGAAGUAUUCAAAAUUAUUGUCUUUUUCAUAUACCGUUCAAACCACUCAAUUGUCCCAUUAGUCACUUGUUGCAAGCAAUUAUACCAAAGAUUUGCAUAUUUGAUCUAUUCCACUAAGAUUGUCCACAUUAAAGAUGAUCAAAGAAUUUUUUCCAACACUGAAUCCCAUGCUCUUAAUACAUUGCAGUAUUUGGAUAAAAAUAAAAAAAAUGUUGCAGCUGCUAUACCAAUUCUUUCAGUAUACUUUAGAAAAUCAUAUUUUUCAUCUGAUAACUUACCACUAAGUACUGGUUUGUUAUUCAAUACUUUACCUAUAAUGUCCAGGUUGGUUGUUUUGACAAUAGAUGCCGAUGAACCCAUACUUUUAUUCAAAUCAUUUUGUCAUCUUCCACCAAAAAUUCAAGUGUUGAGAAUUUAUAUAAACUUCACAAAGAACCAGUUAUCAAGAAUAGAUCCAAAAGCUUUUCCCACAGAUGAUUAUGAAAAGUUUUCAGAAGUUCAAGACCUUGAAUAUUUUGAAGUUGAAUCAAGAAAGUAUAACCUUGUAUCACGUCACAUUCAUCCAAGUUGGGGAUUUUUCAGUAUGAACCCAAAUUUGGAAGAGGAAAGAGCAUUUGAACAUUUUUUCACCUCAGGGCUUGCAAGAGCUUAUGAAAGAAUAAAAGGUGAAGGUAGAAAAUCAUUAGUCAAAGAAAAGAUUGGACAUACGAUAUAUAACUUUUUGCAAAAAAACAAAUCCAAAUUAAUUAAAAUGGAAUUUAUGGGAAUUGAUCUUAAUUUGAUUUUCAAUAUUGAUAAUUUUAGAACUCCAUUUCAAUUUGAUGCUUUAAGAAUGUUGUUCUUUGAUAACUCAUCUAGACUAUUUUUAACAAAAUGGUUACCAACAUUUCAACAACAGAACAUGUACCCAACUUAUAGGACCCAUUACCCAUUAUUAUUAAUGGAGAGCAAAUUAUUCACAACUCAGAAAUUGAAAGUUGGAGAUACUCAAAUCUGA